UCCAGUGCUCUACCAUUUACGGAGCUUCUGGAGUGGGUUCUAAAGCUCACCCUCUACAGUUCUCUGCACCCACAUCUGUCCUUCCUACUGAGAUUUUGUUUUCCAGAAAAGGGAAUUACUUUUGUUGAGAAGCAGUGAAAAUUCUGGUGAUGGAAAGAAGUUUUCGUUCGGAAAAUUACACAGGAUGGUCGUGCAGUUUUGUUGCAGCUUCUAAAGCCUUAUCAAAGCUCUUCAUCACAGGUCUCGAGAUCUCAUUUCAGUACAGCCCAGUCUUUAGAGUCUGACGCAUAUAUAAAAACUUACAGAAAAUUUGUAAAGGGAUAUGCAAAUUUUCUAAACAGCAGACCUGUGAUAUAAAAGCAAAACAGUUCCCACUGGUCCUCCUUAAAAAGUAAUAAUGGGAGACCCAUAUCAGAACAACAUGUAUUCACAACACAGCACGUAUUCCAAAUACGGAAGAGGGGGCCAGGAUGGUUAUGGGUACCAGGAAGAUUACCCCCCCCAGGAAGAGGAUGCUGCCAGCGAUGUCACUGAGGGCCACGAUGAGGACGACCAGAUGUAUGAGGGCGAGUACCAAGGCAUCCCCCAUCCCGACGAGGUGAAGGCUGCACAGAGGGCGGCUCGGGCUGCAGCCAGGGCCAAGGCCGGAACGGAGGAGGAGGAGUCUUUGGCUGAGGAAUACGAGGCCAUCAUGGAGGACUGUGGCCAUGGGCGCUUCCAGUGGACGCUGUUCACCGUGACUGGCCUGGCCCUCAUGGCGGACGGAGCCGAGUGCUUCGUGGUGGGCUUUGUGCUUCCCAGCGCCGAGAAAGACAUGUGCCUAUCGAAUGCCAAUAAAGGCAUGCUGGGGUUAAUUGUGUACCUGGGAAUGAUGGUGGGCGCCUUUGUGUGGGGUGGUUUGGCAGACAAACUUGGCCGAAGGAAGUGUCUAACCAUGGCUCUGGCUAUCAACUGUGUCUUCGCUUUCCUCUCCUCUUUUGCCCAAGGAUAUGGCUUCUUCCUCUUCUUCAGGCUCUUCUCAGGCAUUGGCAUCGGAGGAUCAGUUCCAAUUGUCUACUCUUACUUCUCCGAGUUCCUCUCCAUGGACAAGAGAGGAGAGCACUUGAGCUGGCUAUGCAUGUUCUGGAUGAUGGGGGGCAUCUAUGCCUCCUUCACUGCCUGGGGUAUCAUCCCUCACUACGGCUGGGGCUUCAGCAUGGGGACAGAGUUCCAGUUCCACAGCUGGAGGUUGUUUGUGCUGGUGUGCGCUUUGCCAGCCAUCUUUUCCCUUAUUGGGCUAUCAUUCAUGCCAGAGAGUCCUCGUUUUCUUCUUGAAAAUGCUAAACAUGAUGAAGGGUGGAUGAUCCUGAAGCAGGUUCAUGACAUCAACUGGAGGGCAAAAGGAGAGCCGGAGAGAGUGUUUACCGUCUCCCAGAUCAAGGCACCGAAACAGGACAACGAAUUCAUUGAGAUCCAGAGCUCCACAGGAACUGCCUUUCAGCGAUGGGCAGUUCGUUCCGCAACUUUGACCAAGCAGGUGCUGAAAAAUAUUUUGUCCCUUAUGUCACCUGAUUUGAGACUCAGCACUUUAUUGAUGGCAAUUAUAUGGUUUACAAUGGCAUUCAGUUAUUAUGGGCUGUCAGUCUGGUUCCCAGACAUGAUCAAGCACUUGCAGCAUGAAGAAUAUGAGUCCAAGAUUAAGGUCUUCCAUCGUGAACGAGUACAUCAUUUCACCUUCAAUUUUUCUUUGGAAAAUCAAAUUCAUAAAGAAGGAGAAUAUAUCAGUGACAACUUCACCAUACAAAUGAAGUCAGUCAAGUUUGAGGAUUCCCUCUUUGAAGACUGUUACUUCGAAGACAUCAGGUCUACUGAUACAUUCUUUGAAAACUGCACCAUCAAAUCCACUGUUUUCUAUAACACAGACUUGUGGGAGGAGAAGUUCAUUCACUGCAGGCUGGAGAACACUACUUUCCUGCACUCCAAGAAGGGCUGCCAUCUGGAUUUCCGUGAGGAUAAUGACGUUCUGAUCUACCUGGUCAGUUUCCUGGGCAGCCUGGCCGUUCUGCCCGGAAACAUUAUCUCUGCCCUGUUCAUGGAUAAGAUUGGGAGGAUCAAGAUGAUUGGUGGGUCCAUGCUUAUCUCUGCUGGCUGCACUUUCUUCCUGUUCCUGAGUUUCAGCCAGGCUGCCAUCAUUGCCUGGCAGUGUCUUUUCUGUGGCACCAGUGUGGCAGCUUGGAAUGGCAUUGAGGUCAUUACAGUGGAACUAUACCCAGCAGCUAAAAGAACGACAGCAUUUGGAGUCUUAAACGCGCUUUGCAAGCUUGCUGCCAUCCUGGGAAGCUCGAUUUUUGCCUCUUUUGUGGGCAUCACCAAGGUUGUGCCCAUCCUGCUGUCUUUCUCGGCUCUGGUGUGCGGAGGCCUGAUUGCCUUCAAGCUGCCUGAAACUCGGGAGAAGGUCCUCUUGUGAAAAACUUGACUGCUCAAAGGUCAAGGGCAGGUGAUAUCACUUCCUAAUCGAAGCCUUUCAGUGUAAUGUAAUGUACGUUUGUGUCAUUUUGCUCUCGUGUUCCAGCAUUUUAAUAUGAUUUUAUUAUUUAAUUUGACUUUUGAGAGCUACUUUACAGCUUUGCUAAAUUGCGUCAGUGGGAUUAUGUUCCUUCUACACGUACCUAUCUGGAUUUCUUGGGAUAUCAUAUAAAGUAGAUAAUAAAUCAAAAACAUCCUACUCAAAGUCUUAUUAAGACAGUUUUAAUGUGUACUGAUUUAAAAUUUUAAGACCAACCUGAAAAUUACCUGACUAAAGAACAAAAUCAGUGUUUUUGGAAAGUCUUACAUCUUACACGAAUUAAGCGUUUCAGCCAUUUUUUCACAGUGCCAUUUCGUAGCAAGUGACAGUUUAUGUUAGGCACA